CCCGUGGAGGCAACAGAUGAUGCUUUUUGGGACCAAUUCUGGGCAGACACAGCCACUUCAGUGCAGGAUGUCUUUGCCCUUGUACCAGCUGCAGAGAUUCGAGCAGUGAGAGAAGAAUCCCCUUCAAACUUGGCAACUUUGUGUUAUAAGGCUGUGGAGAAGCUGGUGCAGGGAGCAGAGAGUGGCUGCCACACGGAGAAGGAGAGGCAAAUCGUCCUGAACUGCUGCCGGCUCCUCACUCGUAUCCUGCCUUACAUCUUCGAGGACCCAGACUGGAGAGGUUUCUUCUGGUCAACUGUCCCUGGGGCUGGCCGAGGAGGGGGAGAUGAUGACGAUGAAAAUGCCCGGCCACUGGCUGAGUCGUUGCUCCUUGCUGUCGCAGAUCUGCUCUUCUGUCCCGAUUUCACUGUGCAGAGCCACCGGAGGAGCACGGUGGACACAGCAGAAGAUAUCCACUCCAUUGACAGCUGUGAGUACAUCUGGGAGGCUGGAGUGGGCUUUGCUCAUUCUCCACAGCCUAACUACAUCCAUGACUUGAAUAGGACAGAGCUGCUUAAGCUGUUGCUGACCUGUUUCUCGGAGGCCAUGUAUCUGCCUCCCUCCUCUGACAGCAGCAACGCCAACCCGUGGGUGCAGUUCUUCUGCUCUACAGAGAACAGGCAUGCACUCCCACUCUUCACCUCACUGCUGAACGUCGUCUGUGCCUAUGACCCGGUGGGCUAUGGGAUUCCCUACAAUCACCUGCUUUUCUCUGACUACCGUGAGCCCCUGGUAGAGGAGGCAGCCCAGGUGCUGAUUGUCACUUUGGACUAUGACAGCUCCACCAGUUCAAGUCCCACAGUGGAUGGCACGACCACUGGCACGGCCAUGGAUGAUGUGGAUCCUCCCGGACCAGACAAUCUGUUUGUGAAUUACCUCUCAAGAAUACACCGAGAGGAGGAUUUCCAGUUCAUCCUGAAAGGAGUGGCCCGCUUAUUAUCAAACCCCCUGGUCCAGACCUACCUGCCAAACUCUGCCAAGAAGAUCCAAUUCCAUCAGGAACUCCUCGUCCUUUUCUGGAAACUCUGCGACUUCAACAAGAAAUUCCUCUUCUUUGUGCUGAAGAGCAGUGAUGUUUUGGACAUCCUUGUCCCGAUCUUGUAUUUUCUCAAUGAUGCCAGAGCAGACCAGUCGCGAGUGGGCUUGAUGCACAUUGGGGUCUUUAUCCUCCUGCUUCUCAGUGGGGAGCGCAACUUUGGGGUUCGACUGAACAAGCCGUAUUCCGUACGAGUGCCUAUGGACAUCCCUGUCUUCACAGGGACACAUGCAGAUCUGCUUAUCAUAGUCUUUCACAAGAUCAUAACCAGUGGGCAUCAGCGGUUGCAGCCUCUCUUUGACUGCCUGCUCACCAUCGUUGUGAACGUGUCUCCGUACCUGAAGUCUCUCUCCAUGGUGGCUGCUAACAAGUUACUGCAUCUCCUGGAGGCUUUUUCCACCACCUGGUUCCUGUUCUCUGCUGUCCAGAACCACCAUCUCGUUUUCUUCUUGCUGGAAGUUUUCAACAACAUCAUUCAGUACCAGUUUGAUGGGAACUCAAAUUUGGUCUAUGCUGUUAUCCGCAAGCGGAAUGUAUUUCACCAACUGGCCAACUUACCCACGGACUCACAGUCCAUCCAGAAAGGUCUGCAGCGCAAGAAGAAAACUCCUGAGCCUAUUUCUCGCACCAACUCCCAGGAUGGGAUCUCCAUGGAAGGAUCACGUCCUGCUGCCCCUGCUGACCCAGGGACACUGAAGACAAGUUUGGUGGCUACUCCAGGAAUUGACAAGCUCACGGAGAAGUCACAGGUAUCAGAGGAUGGGACCAUGCGUUCACUGGAGCCCGAGUCUUCACAGCCUCUGCCAGAGGGUAACUUGCCCUCAGCUGUGAGCGAUGGGGACCCCUGGAGCGGGGAGGCAUCACAUUCCAGACGGGAUCGAAGGCGUCUAUCUAGUGCAUCCUCCAGUGGACAGUGGACCCCAACUCCUGACUGGGUGAUGUCUUGGAAGUCAAAGCUUCCCUUGCAGACAAUCAUGCGGCUCUUACAGGUGCUGGUCCCUCAGGUGGAGAAGAUCUGCAUUGACAAGGGUCUCACUGAUGAGUCAGAGAUCCUCAAGUUCUUGCAGCAUGGCACGCUGGUGGGGCUGCUACCGGUCCCUCACCCCAUCCUCAUUCGCAAGUACCAAGCUAACUCGGGCACUGCCAUGUGGUUCCGCACCUACAUGUGGGGAGUUAUUUAUUUGAGGAAUGUGGAUCCCCCUAUCUGGUAUGAUACAGAUGUGAAGCUGUUUGAAAUUCAACGGGUCUAAGAGAGCACUUACCUCUACUAAGAGAAAUACACUGGAUCUGAGGACUGCUGUGUGCUGCUUCGUCACAGCUAAUUCCUGCAUUUCACAUCCAGCUGAGAGACCAAAAGGACAAUCACUUCAUUUACCUCCCUGUCAUUUAAAGCUUUAAUUGGGACCUGCUUGGACAUCCUUCCCCCCAGCUCACUUCUCUUCCCUCACCCUUCACCAUGAACCUUGAGUGAAAAAUGUCUAAGAGAUUGUCCAUUGUUGUGGUUGCACUAGAAAUCAGACCGUUCUUAGCUCUUCUGUUGCUCUUUUGCUCCUGGAUGUGGUUUAGAAACCAAUCUGACCCUGUCCUUGCCUUGGUCAGAGUCAGCAUUUAAUUGAAAAAGGCUAACUGUAAAUUGGGUGCAAGGGAGAGGCUGCUAUUCCUGCAGGAGAUGGUGUUUGGAAACCGCAGUUACUUUCACGUGGCUCCAUAAAGUUUCCGAGUCAUCUGUUCUGGCUGCAGGUAUCUCCCUGGUGUCUCAGCUCCAUAUUGGUAGGGAAAUUCUCAUCCAAAUGAAAGGAGAAGUUGCUAAAGGAAAACUUUGUGUCUCAAUUCUGAAUCUCUCUACUCCUUUCCUGGAAAGUUUUGUAGUAGCCAGUGCUUUGAUGUGGCAUGAGAAGUUUUGCCUUGGCUUCUAGGCCCAGCAGCCUGUCCUUCAUGGUGGGCUAUUGCA